UGCACUUUUGCUAUGGUUGUGACACGAAAGACAUAGCUAGUCAAUGAGAAACUGUAAAAUCUGUUUAGGUUAUCAGUUCCACAUAAUUCAUAAAGUGUUUGAUAAAGUGUCAAACAAAUUACAAUUAAGAUAUAGUGAACAAAUGAGUUCAUUCUCCGUUAGGUCGUAGUUGAAAGGUCGCAGCUAGUUUAACAUGUCGGCGCCCACGAGCACAUCAUCUUGAAGGAGAUGUGGAGGUCCGCUUGUGGCCUCUCUGUGAGGGCAGCAGAGAGGGCAAUACACAGAAAAUGUUCACGUAGGCUCUAUUCUCACAAUGCGGCAAAACCUCCUCAAUCAACUCCCGCUCUCCGGACCCAGGCUGAGAAAGAGAGGCGGAGGAGAGAUAAGGAGAAGGCCAUACUGAGCYGUCAACACAAUAAUGUUGAAGAUCAAGGAAUGAAAUGGAGUGAGAAAGAGAGGAUUGCGUACAGAGUUUCAACACCUCCUGGGGAGAAGAAAGACACCACCGUGCCCUUCCCUUCGUCCUACAGUCCUGAGUAUGUGGAGAGCAGUUGGUACCAGUGGUGGGAGAAAGAAGGCUUCUUCACCCCAGAGAUCAAUGACAGACUGCCACAUGCUGUGAAUCACUCCUUCUCCAUGUGUAUCCCUCCGCCUAAUGUGACUGGCACGCUGCACCUCGGCCAUGCACUCACAGUGGCCAUAGAGGAUGCAUUGGUCCGCUGGAGGAGGAUGCAGGGCUACAAAGUUCUCUGGGUACCAGGCUGUGACCAUGCAGGCAUCGCUACACAGACAGUGGUGGAGAGGAGGUUGUUUAGGGAACGAGGGAAGCGAAGACAGGACCUCAGCAGGGAGGAGUUUCUAAAGGAGGUGUGGACGUGGAAGAAAGAGAAGGGGAGGAGAUCUAUCAACCAGCUGAGGGAACUUGGUGCGUCUCUGGACUGGAGCAGAGCCUGCUUCACCAUGGAUCCAGGCUUCAGCAGUGCUGUGAUCGAGGCCUUUGUAAGGCUGUGUGAUUCUGGUCUGAUCUAUCGCUCUGAGGGGCUGGUCAACUGGAGCUGUGCUCUGGAGUCUGCCAUCUCUGAUAUAGAGGCUAGUAUACUUCAGAUUAAUCCUGAGGACCCUCGAUAUCAGGCAGUUCAUGGUAAACAGUGCAGACACCCCUUCACUGACCGACUCUUACCCAUCAUCACUGACACUAUGGUGGACAUGGAGCUGGGUACAGGUGCUGUAAAGGUUACUCCAGCACACGACCACACUGACUUCCUGCUUUCCCAGCGGCACUCUCUUCCUCGCCUCACUGUGAUUGGAGGAGAUGGCACAAUGACCCCUCUCUGUGGCCAAUGGCUGGAGGGAGUGAAGCGUUUUGAUGCCAGAGAACAAGUGAUCGAUGCACUGACAGGAUAUGGGUUAGAUCAUAACAUGUCUUUACCUGUCUGCAGUCGCUCUGGGGAUGUCAUCGAACCUCUGUUGAAGAAGCAGUGGUUUGUGCGUUGUGGAGAGAUGGCCCAGAGAGCCAUACAGGCAGUAGAUGAGGGACAGUUAGAGAUCGUUCCUCACUUCUACACCAAAACAUGGAGUAGCUGGCUGUCCAACAUCAGUGAUUGGUGCAUUUCCAGGCAGCUUUGGUGGGGUCAUCAGAUUCCAGCCUAUCGAAUGACUCUCCCAGAUUCUACUGACACUCAGGAGGAGCUCUGGGUCUGGGGCCGGAGUGAGGAGGAGGCCAGAGAGCGGGCUGCUGGAAAAUAUGGAGUGACAGCUGACACCAUUACACUGACUCAGGACCCUGAUGUAUUGGACACCUGGUUCUCCUCAGGGCUCUUCCCCUUUGCCAUGUUGGGCUGGCCACAGCAGACAAGUGACCUGAGGCAAUUCUACCACACUAUCCUGGAAACAGGAAGUGACCUCAUCUUCUUCUGGGUGGCCAGGAUGGUGAUGCUUGGCACAGAACUGACUGGGCAGCUGCCCUUCAAACAGGUAGAUAACACCUCAGGUGAUCCUCCACCCUGUUUGUUCUCUCUCUCCUCACCCCCCCAGAGGCUCCAAGAGAAAGUGAAGGAGGGCAACCUUGACCCUCGUGAGAGCAUGGUUGCCAUGGAAGCGCAGAGGAAAGACUUCCCUAAGGGGAUCCCAGAGUGUGGUACUGACGCGCUCCGAUUCGCUCUCUGCUCUUACAAGGCCCAGGGUGAGGACAUCAGUCUGUCCGUGUCCCAGGUGCUGAGCUGUAGACACUUCUGUAACAAGAUGUGGCAGACAGUGAGAUUCACGCUGGGUGUACUGGAGGACAGAGGGGCUGAACUGGGAACAGUGGAACAGACCUCUCCUCUGAACAGUAUGGACCAGUGGGUUUGUUCUAGGCUCUAUAGCACUGUGCUCCAGUGUGAGCAGGGCUUUGAGAGAUAUGAACUCCACUCUGUUACUGCUGCCCUGCACUCCUUCUGGCUGCACAGCCUGUGUGACAUCUACCUGGCACACUGGCACUUCCCCCAGGAGGAAGCAGACUUCACUCUGGUCCAGGAAGUGGUGAGAGUAGCCAGGUCCCUCAGGGCCCAGUGUGGCAUGACCAAGGAAAAGCCUGACAUGUGGGCCGUGUGUUCGCCCAGCCAAGCCCAGAUCCUGCUCCACUUUGGCCCUGCUGUACGGACCCUGGGCCGAAUCACCAAGCUCCACCUCCACUGUCCUCAGGGGGCCGGCUCCCUGUCCUUCCCGUCGGCUCCGCCUCCCCCUAAAGGCAGUGCUGUGGGUGUGGUCGACCACUCCUGUCAGUUACACCUCAAUGUUCAGGGCGGUGUGAAUGUGGGCAAACUUAGUCUCCAGCUCUCCCAACGCAGAGAGAAGCUCCUCUCUAAACUGGAACAGUCCCUCUCUCGAACCCGUGUGCCAAACUACUUAGAGAAGGUUCCGGAGCGAGUGAGGGUAGAGACCGAGAACAAGAUAUCAGCCUUGGAGCAGGAGCUGAGGAACAUUGAGGAGCAGCUGUCAGCACUACAGGGACCUCCGAAACACAACUCUGGUCAAAAUUAGUGUACUAUGUAGGGUUUUUCACUAGUUCCCACAGUCAAAGUUAUUUUUAUUUUUUUAAAUGCACAUUUUUGUUUUCAUGAAUUUUUUACGAUAGCCAAUUUAUUUUAAGUUGGGGUUAGGCAUAAGGUUAGCAGUGUGGUUAGGUUUAAAAUCAGAUUUGAAGAAGAUACAUUUUAGAACUAGGCGGGGUUAACUAGUGAUGACCACUGUGAGGAAUAGGACCCUGGUCUAAAGUAGUGCACAACGUAGGGAAUAGGUCCCUGGUCUAAAGUAGUGCACAACGUAGGGAAU